AACUAAUAGUCCAGUCUAGUAUAAAAAAGAUUUUUCUUGCAUGCUGAAAAAUAUUUGACAUUUAAUUUAGCUUCAAAUUAAAAUUAAUUAUAUAAUUUGUUUGAAAUAUGUUUUCCGUAUAUAGAGCACUAAGAAAUGUAUACAAGAUUUCACCAGUUUAUAGGAAAUAUUCAAGUUCAAUAAUAUCAAAACCUCAAAAUCUUAAUCCUUGGUCACGAUGUUUAUCAUAUAAAGGAUAUGAUCCAUUUAAAAAAUAUUUAAGUACAAAAGCUGAUGAAAAAGCUGACCACAAUAUUAUAAAAGAUACCGAAAAAGCUAUUGGAGAUGUCAACAAACAUGAAUUCCAGGCUGAAACAAGAAUGCUACUUGAUAUUGUGGCUCGGUCUUUAUAUUCAGAAAAAGAAGUAUUCGUACGGGAGCUUAUUUCAAAUGCCUCUGAUGCUUUAGAAAAAUUUCGUUACACCAUCCAUACAGCCGGAGAAGGCGAAAAAAACUAUAGUGAAGCAGAUAGGCCUUUAGAAAUUCAUAUCGGAACCGAUAAGCAACGAAUGAUACUAACUAUUCAAGAUACUGGAAUUGGUAUGACACAAAAUGAAUUAGUUGACAACUUAGGUAUGAUAGCUAGAUCCGGCUCCAAAAAAUUUUUGCAAGAAAUUAAAGACAAAGGUUUAACGCAAGAAAAUUCUUCCAAUAUUAUUGGACAAUUUGGAGUUGGAUUUUAUUCAGCUUUUAUGGUAGCUGAUAAAGUAGAAGUUUACACAAAAUCUUCUAAGGUGGGUUCAGUGGGAUUGAAAUGGUCGUCAGAUGGAUCCGGAUCAUAUGAGAUACAAGAAGCCGAAGGUGUAGCAAAUGGUACUAAAAUUGUUAUCUAUUUGAAAACAGAAUCGCGUGAAUAUUCUGAUGAAGACAGAAUCAAAGCUGUUAUUAAGAAAUACAGUAAUUUUGUUGGAAGUCCUAUUUAUUUGAAUGGUAAACGUGUAAAUGAUAUCCAACCGUUGUGGUUAAUGGAUCCAAAAGAUGUUACAAGCGAGCAGCACAUUGAAUUUUACAGAUUUAUUGGCAACUCUUAUGAUAUUCCGAGGUUUACAUUGCACUAUAAGACUGAUGCACCCUUGAGUAUUCGAGCGCUAUUAUAUUUCCCAGAAGGAAAACCAGGUUUAUUUGAAUUAUCAAGAGAUAUGACAAUUGGUGUAGCCUUAUACACCAGAAAAAUUUUAAUUCAAUCAAAAACUGAAAAUUUGCUGCCAAAAUGGUUAAGGUUUGUAAAAGGAGUGGUAGACUCUGAAGAUAUACCAUUAAAUUUAAGUAGAGAACUGUUACAAAAUAGUGCAUUAAUAAGAAAGCUCCGAAAUGUUUUAACAAAUCGCGUCUUACGGUUUUUACAAGAACGUGCUACAAAAGACCCAGUUGAAUAUGAAAAAUUUUAUCGUGAUUACAACAUGUUUUUGAAAGAAGGAAUUGUUAUUUCAGAAGAACAUAGAGAAAAAGAAGAAAUUGCUAAAUUAUUACGUUUUGAGUCAUCGAAAACAACAGACUCCAAAAAGAUUUCAUUACCAGAAUACUGCAACAAUGUUGGUCCAGAACAAAAAGAAAUUUAUUAUUUAGCUGCACCAAAUCGUACUUUAGCAGAAUCUUCACCUUAUUAUGAGAGUUUAAAGAAAAAAAACAUUGAAGUAAUAUUUUGUUAUGAGCCCCAUGAUGAAUUAGUAUUGAUGCAACUGAAUAUGUUUUUGGGCAAAAAUAUUGUGUCUGUAGAAAAAGAAAUGAGAUCGUCAAAUGAGGAAACAAUUGACUUAGCAGAAGGUAGUUUACUUAAAACCCAAGUCGAUGAGCUUAUUCCAUAUAUUAAAGAAAAACUUGCUGGAAAAGUUGCUAAUGUGAAAAUAACGAAUAAGUUAGAAACACAUCCUUGUGUUAUAACUGUUGAAGAAAUGGGCGCAGCACGUCAUUUUAUUCGAACUCAAAGCCAUCAGUUACCAGAGGAGAAUCGAUUUGCUCUUUUACAGCCACAACUUGAAAUAAAUCCAAAACAUGUACUAAUUAAAAAAUUGCAUAGCUUAAUGAAAACCAAUCCAGAAUUAGCUGAACUUUUAACAAAACAACUUUUCAUUAAUGGAAUGGUUGGAGCUGGUCUCGCUGAUGAUUCCAGAACAUUAUUAACAACAAUUAAUGAUUUAUUAAUUAAAGCCCUAGAAAAAUAUUAAAUAAUGAAAAUUUUAAAACUUAAAUAAAAAAAAAAAUAAAAUCUA